AAAAAAAACAAUGAUUGUUUUGUUUUGUUUCAGUAUUUUUUUUACUGUGGCUAAUAAAUUUACUAUAAUCACAGAGUACAUUGUAUGCUAUUGCUGUAUCGUUUGCUCUGUCUAAGCUGUGGUAACAAACAGCUUCAACAACGAAAUCACUAAAUUAUCAGUCUUCCAAAGUGCACAAAAUAAUUGUUUAAAUAAGAAAUGUCAGAAGCCAAUGAAAGUCCUGUACUUUUACCUCACCAUGAGCAGCAGCCACUGUGCACUACGCGCUUACCUUACAGACAGGGAAGAAAACUUACAGCUGUCAAAACUUACACAGUGGUGAACGAGUCGAACCAUCUAUUAAUAUUUGGUGUACCCACACUGAAUCUUCGUCAAGAAUUGAAGGCGUUGUACUACAAGUUUGGUAAACUAAUUCACUUCAAUGUUACCAAGGAGCAUAUAGCAGAAGAAUUUACGGAGACAUACCACGCUGCCUUCUGUGAUAUUCAAUCUGCAAGACAGGCUAAAAGAUUUACUGACACAAAGAACUUCUAUGGUGGAUGUUUGCAUGUGUGCUAUGCACCGGAGUAUGAAAGUGUUCAGGAGACGAGAAAUAAAUUGUUGCAACGGCAACGAAAUGUAUUAUUUAGGCUUAAGAAUUUGCAGAAACAAAGUAAUCAUGAAGUUGAAGUUACAGCAGACAUUGCUAAACAUAAUGUUGUGGACUCAUCAAAAACUGAUAAGGAUUCUAGCGUGAAAUUGAAUAUGGGUGAAGUUAACACAAUUUCGAUACACAAUGAAGUCAAUAGAAAGAGAAAGGAUCAAAGUAAUUGUGUCGUUCAGAAGAAAUUCAAACCUUGUUUCGUAGAUAACAUUAAUGUACACGAGAAAAAUAAUAUGAAAACCAAUGACAUUGCUUUAAAAAAUAAAUGUGAUAGAACUUUAGAAAGUUGUAGAACUAAUAUUAGUACUAGUCCUGAAGAAAUAAUAGAUUUCACUUCGACCGAGACAGAAACAAUAACAAAUAUUAACGAUAGUUUAAAUUAUAGAAACUUUGGCAACGAAGACAUUAGAAAAGUACAACAAAAGCCAAUCAAUAGGAUCAAGUUUAAUUUUAUGAAAUAAUUACAGAAUUAUUUAAGUUU